GUGUUGAGGGCAAAACCGGCAAUUGAAAACUUCUCGCAUUACAGUACAAUAUAUAGUUAUCUUCACCCGAGCAACUUUUCCUUCUGACUUCCAUUUUUUUCCCUCUUAUCUGCGGCUAGGGUUUUAGCUCAGUCUUCUCCUCACAAGAUGAAUGUAGAAAAGUUGCAAAAGAUGGCCGGUUCGGUUAGAACCGGUGGAAAGGGUACCAUGAGAAGAAAGAAGAAAGCCGUACACAAAACAACUACAACUGAUGACAAAAGACUACAGAGCACCUUGAAAAGAAUAGGUGUCAAUGCCAUUCCUGCCAUUGAAGAAGUCAACAUUUUCAAAGAGGAUGUUGUUAUCCAAUUCAGUAACCCCAAAGUUCAAGCAUCAAUUGCUGCAAACACAUGGGUAGUCAGUGGUACCCCCCAGACAAAGAAAUUGCAGGAUAUUCUUCCUCAAAUUAUUCACCAGCUGGGUCCUGAUAAUUUGGAGAACUUGAAGAAGUUGGCUGAGCAGUUCCAGAAGCAGGCACCUGGUGCUGCAGAUGUGGCUGCAGGUGCUGUUGCAGCACAGGAAGAUGAUGAUGAUGUACCAGAACUUGUGGCUGGUGAAACUUUUGAAGCUGCGGCUGAGGAGGGCCAUACUUCCUGAAGGGUUACAGUUCUGUACAUUAUAUUUUGUUGCAAAGUCCACUGCUGCCAUCUUCUGGCUUUCCAGCUAAAACUAGAAAUUCAUCCUUGUGAUCGAUUCUCACAUGCUUCCACUGUUUGCUUCACUCUCAACUAUCAGUACUACUGUGACUAGCAACGUUGUCAUCAUAGUGAUCGCCAGAUGGUCAAUCUUGUUCAGGGCAUAACGACUCCUUACCCCGAUUAAUAGAUAAUUCUUGGAGGGGUGGACUACUGAUUUUAUGGAUAGUCAAAGUAGAUUACUCAACCUCUGAGUUACUAUAUCAUUUGUUGCUUCUACUGUUUCCUUCUUACACUUGCAAAAUAUGCAAAAUCAGCCUUCAUCAUACGGUGGUACUGCUAAUUAUCAGCUCUCUAGGUAUAAGUUUUCAUAAGUAGAAUGAUCCUGCAGACAUAGCUAAACAGAAGUUGUAAAGUUGUGCUCUGAUACAUAAGGAUUGGAAUAGAGGAUUGACAAACUUGUUAUCUCUAGACAUUC